CUGGGGGAUGGAGAAGGGGAAGAAGCGUGGCACCGCGACGUGGAAAGAAGUCCUGUGCCGUGGGGCGGGGACACGGUAGAAUCCUUUAGGUCGCGACAGGAAGAAACAAAAGCGAGAAGCAACUGUUUCGAGUAAUGUGGGUAACCGGCGCUGGGGGGUGUUCGGUGCUUCCCGCCGCGCCUAUAAAGCAGGUUGACAAGCGUGUGUUCAAGCGUGGCGGUGAGUGUCCCCGGCGAGCCCGCGCGGGGACCGACAGGUGCGACCGCAGCCACUGUCCACGCCAGCGCCUCCGCCCUGCGUCUGGAAUCCAGUGCUGCUGGGCUGUGCGAGGUGUGCUCGACGUCUGCGGGAGGUCGGGAACCUCGGUCCCAACGUCUGGAAGCCACUGAUGUCCUUGAGUCAGUAAGAGGAACAGAUAGAUCUUCAUCAGUCCAUAUCAACACCAACUGGUCAGCAGGAAACCCCAGCAGAACCCAGGGAACACCAUGUUCUGCAGGAAGUUCAAGGAUCUCAAGAUCACCGGGGAGUGCCCUUUCUCCUUACUGGCCCCUGGUCAGGUUCCUAAAGAGCCAGCAGAGGAGGUGGCAGGAGGUUCUGAGGGCUGCCAGGCCACCCUGCCCAUCUGCCAGGACACUCCUGAGAAGAAUGCACAAGGGAACCUUCCCCAGAGAAAGACAAGUCGCAACAGAGUCUACCUACACACUCUGGCAGAAAGCAUUUGCAAGCUCAUCUUCCCAGAGUUUGAGCGGCUGAACCUUGCACUUCAGAGAACACUGGCAAAGCAUAAAAUUAAAGAAGACAGGAAAUCCUCAGAAAAAGAAGACCUUGAAAAAAUAAUUGCAGAACAAGCAAUUGCAUCAGGAGUCCCCGUAGAGGCGCUCAAAGACUCUUUGGGUGAGGAGCUGUUCAAGAUCUGUUAUGAGGAAGAUGAACACAUCCUGGGCGUGGUGGGCGGCACACUGAAGGACUUUCUCAACAGCUUCAGCACGCUCCUGAAGCAGAGCAGCCACUGCCAAGAGGCAGAGAAGAGGGGGCGACUGGAAGACGCCUCCAUCUUGUGCCUGGACAAGGACCAUGACUUCCUAAAUGUUUACUACUUUUUCCCUAAGAGAACCACUGCCCUGCUUCUCCCCGGUAUCAUUAAAGCGGCCGCUCGCAUAUUGUACGAAAGCCAUGUAGAGGUGUCUCUGAUGCCUCCUUGCUUCAGAAGUGACUGCACCGAAUUUGUGAAUCAGCCCUAUUUGCUUUACUCUGUCCAAGUCAAGAGCACCAAGCCUUCUCUGUCCCCAGGCAAGCCCCAGUCCUCGCUUGUGAUCCCGGUUUCGCUCUUCUGCAAGACCUUCCCGUUCCACUUCAUGCUCGACCGAGACCUGGCCAUCCUGCAGCUGGGUAAUGGCAUCAGAAGGCUGGUGAACAAGAGGGACUUCCAAGGGAAACCGAACUUUGAAGAGUUCUUUGAAAUUCUGACUCCCAAAAUCAACCAGACAUUUAGUGGCAUCAUGACAAUGUUGAACAUGCAGUUUGUCAUACGAGUGAGGAGAUGGGAUAACUCUGUGAAGAAAUCAUCAAGGGUUAUGGAUCUCAAAGGCCAAAUGAUCUACAUUGUUGAAUCCAAUGCCAUCUUGUUCCUGGGAUCACCCUGUGUGGACAGAUUGGAAGAUUUCACAGGACGAGGGCUCUAUCUGUCUGACAUCCCAAUCCAUAAUGCCCUGAGGGAUGUUGUCUUAAUAGGGGAACAGGCAAGGGCUCAAGAUGGCCUCAAGAAGAGGCUUGGCAAGCUGAAGGCCACCCUGGAGCAUGCCCACCAAGCCCUGGAGGAAGAGAAGAAGAAGACAGUGGACCUUCUGUGCUCUAUCUUUCCCAGUGAGGUUGCUCAGCAGCUGUGGCAAGGACAAAUUGUGCAAGCCAAGAAGUUCAGUAAUGUCACCAUGCUCUUCUCAGAUAUUGUAGGGUUCACUGCCAUCUGCUCUCAGUGCUCACCCCUACAGGUCAUCACCAUGCUAAAUGCUCUGUACACCCGCUUUGACCAGCAGUGUGGAGAACUGGAUGUCUACAAGGUGGAGACCAUUGGGGAUGCAUACUGUGUGGCGGGAGGAUUGCACAGAGAGAGUGACACCCAUGCUGUCCAGAUAGCACUGAUGGCCCUGAAGAUGAUGGAGCUCUCUAAUGAGGUCAUGUCUCCCCACGGAGAACCCAUCAAGAUGAGAAUUGGACUGCAUUCUGGGUCAGUUUUUGCUGGAGUUGUUGGAGUAAAAAUGCCCCGCUACUGCCUGUUUGGAAACAAUGUCACUUUGGCUAACAAAUUUGAAUCCUGCAGUGUUCCACGGAAAAUCAACGUCAGCCCCACAACAUACAGAUUACUCAAAGACUGUCCUGGUUUUGUGUUUACCCCAAGAUCAAGAGAGGAACUUCCACCAAACUUCCCUAGUGACAUGCCUGGCAUCUGCCAUUUCCUGGAUGCUUAUCAUCAUCAAGGACCUAAUUCUAAGCCGUGGUUCCAGCAGAAAGAUGUGGAAGAUGGAAACGCCAACUUCUUAGGCAAAGCAUCAGGAAUAGACUAGUGACCCACAUGCUUAUGUGUUUGACUCCUUUGAGGACUUGCAGAACCUCAGAAAUGACUUUAGGAUUACAGAAGAUGAAAAGCAGUGUUAAAAUUUCUGGGACUAAAAUUCCUCGGCUCCUCUGCCUCCCACUUAACCUGACAUAAAAAAAGGUUUCAUUUUAGCGCUUCAACCUUCUUCUAUUUAAGAAACAAACAAACCUCAAAAGCGACUUUUUGGGGACAUAGUUUUGUUCUAGAAUAAUCACUACCUGCACUCAAAAUCCAGCACAUUGUACAUAUCCCAGGCAACUGUAGUCAAGUUCAACUGUAUAAAGCAACGGAUUCACCUACAGCCUGUGCCCAGUGCAACACUGUGGUUAUUCAAGUGUGUUUGUAAUAGUGUUGCCUUUAAAAUCUCUAGAAAUCACAGUGUUUAAUUCUGUAAGAUCUUCUGGACUUUCAACUCUGGGCUCAUUAGAUUUCCUCAUUUAGCUGCAGCAUAUGUAACACCAUAGGCCUGCAUCUUCUUUUCGUUUACAUCUUUCUGUGUGUAUAUAUUUCCUUUAUUUCUUUAACUUUUUCUUUUUUCUUUUUUAGAAAAUAAGCAAUUAGACAUUAGAUAAAAUGUGGUAUAAAAUAGUACUGCAAUUAUCAAAGAAUAUUUUCAUGUUUCACAUUAAAAAUAUCCUCUGUAGCACAAUAUAUCAUAAAACAAAUACAUUUUUGUUUUGAUUCUAUAUGUGAUAAAGCCUGUUUUACUCAAUAAUUAAAAUUGCUUCUUAUUAAUCCAUGUAAGACAUACUAAUAGCAAAAUUUUCUGAAUAAAAAGACUUACAGCCUGAGUUAAAAUAUAAUAAAAAUCCUAAUUUAAUUAAGGCAACAUGACAUGUGAUUCAAGUUUGCAUGCAGAGAGCCUGCAGUAGGGGACAGCGGUAAAGUGUUCUCACACAUGUGUGUCCAGAUGAUCCUCUACUGCCAUGUUGAGCCAUGAAAUCCAAGGGGAAUAGUUUUAGCUCACAAUAGAAAGUGAGACUUAUUUUUAUCUCUUUUGAUAGUUUAUGUAUUUCUGCUGACCAUUUUAUUGUAUGUGUAUGCAUUAAGAAUCAAGUUUUGGAUUAUUUGGUGUACAUUUGUGAGGUUUUAUUCUGCUUAAUAUAUAUUAAUAGCAUUUUCUAAAGAAACCACUAAUACCAGUGUAGAAAACCUUACUGUGGUUUCAUUGUGAGGAUUUCUAAACACUUCUUUCUGGAGUUUGAACUAAUUUCCUUUUCCCCCUUUUCCUCCCUUUUCCUCUCCUCUCAUUGUGCAUGUCUAUGUGAUUCUGGGGAUUGAACAUUGGGCUUGUACAAGCUAGGCAAGGGCUCUGUUAUUUAGUGACUGUCACCACAGAGCUUAGAUUUUUUUCCCCGUGAUGUCAGUUUUCCUCUCUCCCCAAAUAAGUCCCCAUGUUCAAUUUGUUUAAAAGGAUAUGAUUUUUUGUUUGUUUUUUCGAGUCAGGGUUUCUCUGUAUUGUUUUGGAACCUGUCCUGGAACUUGCUCUGUAGACCAGGCUGGCCUCGAACUCACAGAGCUCUGCCUUCUGCCUCCCGAGUGCUGGGAUUAAAGGUGUGUGCCACCACCGCCUGGCAAGGAUAUGAUUUUAAAGCAAGAUCAACUUUAAAGCAAGAGAAAGAUGCACAGUCAAGUUUUUGAAUCAGCAUUAACAGAACUAUAGGCAUUCUUACUCUUUAUGCAUGGGUUUGAAAAGAAAAUCAGUUUAAAAUUCCAUUACUACCUCCUCUCGUCUCCAGGCAUUGGGAGUAGUAGUCAUCCCUUGCCUAGCUCUAAUUUUCCACUGGUACGACUAAAACACUCCAGUGGCUUUCUUAAAAGGCUGGUAGUGUCUCAUUAAACACUCGCUUUCUCUCUCUGGAACUAAAAUUCAUUACAAGGAAAAUAAUAGGAAUUGCAGGCAAUGAGAAGCAUCAAGCCGGGCAUCAUUGCCAUCACCUGUGUAUUUAGGAAGUUGCUAUGUUAGUAAUAAUCUGACUCAGAAGCUUGCACAUUAGUUAGAAAUCUACACUGUCUUCUAUGGGUGAAGAUAUAGCUCAGGGGCAGGGCAACCGCGUAGCAUGUAUGUGGUCCUGAGUUCCAGCCCAAGCAGUAGGAAGAAACUACAUGUAUCUCUCAUGUGUAUAUGAUAUAUGAUCACUCUCACCUGUGUACACCUGGAGUAGAUGGAGGGACUGUACAAAAUCCAACUAAAAGAAGUAUGGAAGCUCCACAUAUGAUUCCUGUAACUUUUCUAUUACUUUGGAAUUUUAUCUAAAUAAAAAUACUAUCAAAAAGGA